GUCCAGGAUUUGGCCUGUGGUGCUGACCGAGUGCUGGACCAGCGGCGAUCCUGAGUACCUGGCCUGUGCGCGCGCCUGCUGCUCAGAGUUCUUUUCCUCCCCCACCCCACCCCACCCCAACCCCGGCAAAGGCGCAGGUGGCAGCAGGAGCCGGAGUGGUGGGCGGAGGGAGGCCAGGAGGGCGCGGGCGCCCUGAGCGCGUAGCAGGCGGAGGCGGCCGGGGGCCGGGACGCCAUGUCCAUGGAGGACCCCUUCUUUGUGGUGAAAGGAGAGGUACAAAAGGCAGUCAACACUGCCCAGGGAUUGUUUCAGAGAUGGACAGAGCUCCUUCAGGACCCCUCCACAGCCACAAGGGAGGAAAUCGACUGGACCACCAACGAGCUGAGAAACAACCUGCGUAGCAUAGAGUGGGAUCUAGAAGACCUUGACGAAACCAUCAGCAUAGUUGAAGCAAAUCCUAGAAAAUUCAACCUCGAUGCAACUGAACUGAGUAUAAGAAAAGCCUUCAUAACAAGUACUCGGCAAGUUGUCAGGGACAUGAAAGAUCAGAUGUCAACUUCAUCGGUGCAGGCCUUAGCUGAAAGGAAAAACAGACAGGCGCUGCUGGGAGACAGUGGCAGCCAGAACUGGAACACUGGAACAACAGACAAAUACGGACGCCUAGACCGGGAGCUGCAGUUAGCCAAUUCCCAUUUCAUUGAGGAGCAGCAGGCACAGCAACAGUUGAUCGUGGAACAGCAGGAUGAGCAGUUGGAGCUGGUCUCUGGCAGCAUCGGGGUGCUGAAGAACAUGUCCCAGCGCAUCGGAGGGGAGCUGGAGGAGCAGGCAGUUAUGUUGGAUGACUUUUCUCAUGAGUUGGAAAGCACUCAGUCUCGGCUGGACAAUGUGAUGAAGAAGCUGGCGAAGGUGUCCCACAUGACCAGUGAUCGGCGCCAGUGGUGCGCCAUAGCCGUCCUGUUUGCAGUGCUGCUGGUCGUGCUGAUCCUCUUCCUAGUGCUGUGAUAGCAGGGCCCGAGGGAGCAAGUUCCUCCUGCACACGAGCUGAGGGAGGAGGAGAAGCGACCACACGCGACGCUACUGUCUACUCACAUUCCUCUCCUGGAAACAUACUGCUGCACUGACUUUGCUCUGUGUGACCCCACAAGUGAGACAGCUCCUCUGUCCCAGCUGGAAGGACCGGUGGGAAGAGCAAACAGAUGACUGCCCUCCUGGUGCUGGCUGGACAACAGAAGCCCAGUGCCACCUGGCCUAUGUGAGGACAACUAGCCACUGCUUUGCCUCCCUGGACCUCAUUCCCUGAGGAGGGACCCUGAACAAUCCAGAAAACGUAGAUUCCACUGGUGUGCUGUUGCUCAUUCCAUGCAUCCUUGGCAGCUCUUUUCUUCUGCUCACACCCUCCCCCUGCUUGGACAGUGCACUGCUGUCCCAUCAAAACAACCUGUGGGGAAUGCCAGCUUCUAGGUAUGUUUCAUUUCCCAUUGCUGUAGCAUUUCUAAGCCCCUGAGAGCUGAUUACUAUUGAGAACAGAGGCUCAGAAACAGUUUGUGACAGAACAUGCAGCGUUUGAUUUUUCAGGGAUAAAUGAUGAGAUAAAAUUGGUUUUCCAGGUGCAUUUUUUAUACUAGGAAUAAUUAAUAGAAAAUAAUGAAACACCUUGGGGUUUGGGUGGCUUUAAUUGAUGUGAGCAAUUAAAAAAGAGCAGCAGGAUUCUGCACUAACACACCCUGGGGAAGGGUGGCUGAUGGCACCGAAGGUCAGAGCGUGAGCCUGGCUGACUUCAUGGUGCUCUAUCAGGGCCCCUCCCCUCAGUGCAGAUGGCAUUUAUAGGGUGGUUCUUACAGUGGCUGAAUGGCUCAGCAGCACACUUGAACGAAUUAGGAUACUGGGUUAUCCUCAUUGAUAGUUAUUUUAUUCCUGUGGCACUCUACUUUGCGGGGAUGGGAUUGGGAGUGGGUAAUACAUUUAUUACAUUUACUCAGAAACCAUAAUGACAAAAAAGCUAGCUCUGGACCAGAUUUCUCUUACCCCGUGUGUAAUUGGUGAGGGUAGGUGAACUUGGUUCUUCUUCCCUGAUGUGAGAACUUGAUUUUAUCAUCCAUUCGAAUAACUGAGCCAAUCCAAAUUCAAAUGAUGCUUUAAUUGAGUGUAAGUAGCUGAAACGGCUGAAACACUAAACUUCAAGCUUCUGAUGACUUUUCAUUUGCCUCAAAUGUGUACAUGUAUUAUAUAUAGGAUAUUUUUAUAGCUUCCCUGGUGAAUAAUCUGAUAUUAAAAAGUGGCAUCUGGACCCAGAGCUGGAACUCUGCAUGGAGGCUGCUGGUCUCUCCUCAGCACCUUCUCUUGCACUUGGAAAGAACAGCAACACCUGGAUAGAGUUCCAGCUUUGACUUGGCAUUUCCUUGUCUUUUUGGGUGCAUUCCUCAGCGCACUAACUUUUUUUUUUGUUAACCUUUCUUUUCCCAUGUUUUGUUUUUAUUUCUUGUGCUUUUACUGUGGGCUUCCCAUCCCCCACCCCUUUUUGUGAUUUACAAUGAUGUGCUUGCCCAGCUAACUUGAAUUGCACUUUUUAAUAAAUAUUUGUAACAAUUUUUUUAAGAAGGAUAUUUUCUCUUAUUUGUGCUCAUGGUAGAUAAGGAAAUCUGCUUGUUAAU